CAGACAUCAGCCCGAAAGACGCCCUUGUAACUUUUCAGCUUCGCUGCCGAUUCCACAUCCAGAACUGUCUGACUUUCAACACCACGAUCCGACGCAACACACGCUUCUCGACUUCCUUACUUAUCCACCUGUUCGCGACUUAGCCUCACAACAGCCGCAAAGAUGCCACCACGCGGCUCAACCCUCCCGCCAGCGCAGACAGCCUCCGCGCGCUCGGCGCUGCAGGCGCUCUACUGCCAGCUCUGCCAGAAGGGGUACACGCGCACGCACGAGUACGAGGCGCACCUGGGCAGCUACGACCACGCGCACAAGCAGCGGCUCAAGGACAUGAAGGCGAUGGUGCGCGACCCGGGCGCGGCGGCGCGCGCGCGGCGCCAGGAGAUGCGCGCCCAGGAGGGCGGCGGCGUGGUCAGCAUCAAGCUGGGCGAGGCGGCUGCUGCUGCUGCUGCUGCUCCUUCGGGAGGGGCCAAUGCCAGUGCUUCUACCGGUGCUGGUGGCGGAGGAUUCAAGAAGGGCGGGUUCAAAAAGACCGGGUUUACGGCGUCGGGGUUUGUCUCGGUCGCUGGUGGAAAUGGAAAUGGAAAUGGGGGGGAGCCGGCGAAGGUGGAGAAGAAGGCGGACGACUCGAGGACUGCUGGGCCGGCUGUCGGGAGCGAGCUCGUCGAGAGUGAUACCGAGGACGAGGGCUACGAGGUCUACGACCCAAGGAAGCCGACCGAUUGAGAGGGGCAGGGAUGAUGCAUCAGGAUGGCUGACCUGGGGUCCUCGCUUACGACACGACACGGCAGCGUGGGGUGCUGGAAUGGUACCGUUCCCAGCUGCACAAACGGGGAAAACGGAUCUACUGCGACCACGACUGCCGCGACGAAGUCUCUUCUCGUUCGACUG